UCCAUCCAUCCAUCCAUCCAUCCCUGGCCCUGGAGGGAGCCUCGCCCUCAGCAGCGCACUCUUCCUCCUCUCUGUCUCGGGUGCCCAGUUGGCAGCCCCCGGAGGGCUCCGCAGCCAUGAUCGUGGACACCAGCAGCGACCUGGCUCUGCACCAACACCCCCAGCAUCACCACCAGCCUCCUCCCCAUCACCUGCAGCAGCUGGGCUCCGACUGCAGCUCCCUCAGCAGCAGCGGCAGCAGCGGCAGCGGCAGCCCCUUGGACCUGGCUUUCUUCUGCGGCGCGUCCCCCAGCUCCAGCCGAGGGAGCUGCUCCCCACCGGGAUCCCCGGGAUCCGAGGCAGAGCCCUCCGGCCAGGGCUGCAGCAACCACGCCAGCAGCGAUUGCAGGAAGGCAUAUUCCUCCCAGGCCCGGAGCGGUGGGCGCCCAGCCGGGGAAGCAGUUGAACAAUUUAUGGGGGGAGGAAAGCAACAAAGAGGACCUUUCCAAGGUGUUCGUGUGAAAAACUCCGUGAAGGAACUGUUGUUGCAUCUUAGAAACAGCAAACAGAUGUCCUCAGAUCAAGGUGCUGGGGAAUUAAAGGCACAAGGAGGAUUAGCAAAUUAUGAUCCUUACACAGAGCUGAAGAACAUAUUAACUUACAGUCGGAAAAGAAAAAGUCAUGAACUUCUUUCUGAUGGACCUAGUUAUAAAAGAACAGCGACUUUCCAGCCUCACCUCUUGACACCUCCACAGACACCAACAUCAGUGGAUAACAAUAUGGAGGAUGCCCAUAUGAAUGAGCCCAAACAAGAUGGCAGCUGUGAUAUGCUGCAGAACAUUAUCAAUAUUAAGAAUGAAUCAAGUCCAGUUUCUUUGAAUACAGUACAAGUUAGCUGGCUUCACACCAUGGCCAAUCCCCACUCUCCAGGAGAACAAUAUCAGGAGCUUGCUGCAACACAGGCCUUCUCACCUCCUGAAAAGUAUCAAGCAUUUCAAACAAGCAGUCCAUCACAAAUGCUGGAACGGACCCAGAAUUAUCAGUUUUUGCCCGCACAAGCCCAGGAAUUGUCACAGCACUGUGGUCAGAAUCCACUUCUGGAAUACAGGCCACAGUCUGCAAGCAGCCAAUCUUCUGACUAUCAACAAAGUGUUUAUGAAAGCCAAGAUCUGCAGUAUUGUAGUACUUCGAGUUUUGUUUCUCAGUUAAAUGAUUCAGAAGGUCUGGACUCCAACCCAAUUUCUCAAGUGCUGUCUGAUGGUCACCAGCACACUGAUAUUAGCAGCCACUCUCAGAUUUAUAGCCAGCUGCCCAGUAAUAUGUGUAGUAGUCUCGAGGAGCAUGGCUUACCGCUGGGUACUUCUAAUAUGCCUGUGCAACACCAGGCUAUUGCUGGGGACACAGCACAGCUGGGCAAAUCAUUCUUCCAGUGGCAAGUAGAACAGGAAGAAAACAAACUGGCUAACCUUUCUCAAGAUCAAAUCCUUGCCAAAGACUCUGAUGGUGACACGUUUCUCCAUAUUGCAGUUGCUCAGGGACGCCGGGCAGUUUCCUAUGUGUUGGCAAGAAAGAUGGCAGCUAUCCGAAUGCUGGAUAUUAAAGAGCACAAUGGCCAGAGUGCCCUGCAAGUAGCCGUGGCUGCAAAUCAGCAUCUUAUUGUACAGGACCUGGUUAGCCUUGGGGCACAAGUGAAUACUACAGAUUGCUGGGGGAGAACACCAUUGCAUGUGUGUGCUGAAAAAGGCCAUGCACAAGUCCUUCAGGCAAUCCAGAAAGGAGGUAUUAUAAGCAAUCAAUAUGUAGACUUGGAGGCAACUAAUUAUGAUGGUUUGACAGCAUUACACUGUGCAGUAGUGGUCCACAAUUCUGUGGUACAUGAUCUACAAAGCCAGCACUCACCUCACACUCCUGAGGUCCAGGAACUGAGGUUGAAAAGCAAGAGGCUGGCAGACACAAUCAAAUUUCUAAUCCAAAUGGGGGCUUCUGUGGAAGCCAGGGAUCGUAAAAGUGGCCGUUCAGCCCUUCACUUAGCAGCUGAAGAAGCAAAUGUUGAACUCAUUCGCCUGUUUUUAGAGCUACCCACUUGCCUUUCUUUUAUCAAUGCUAAGGCUUACAAUGGUAAUACAGCUCUCCAUGUAGCUGCCAGUCUGCAGCAUCGGGUGACUCAGCUGGAUGCAGUGCGUUUGUUGAUGCGUAAAGGAGCUGAUCCAAGUGCCAGGAACUUGGAAAAUGAGCAGCCAGUUCACCUGGUUCCUGAUGGUCCAGUGGGAGUUGAGAUAAGACGGAUUUUGAAAGGGAAGACAAUUCCACAGAGAUCGUCAAUCUAUUAAGCUCCAUGAGUACCAAUGACCUACACUCGCUGUCAGUUAGGCAGCCCUGAUGUAACUGUAAAUAGACCAUUUGUCCAGCUGAGGCAAAUGUUAGUUGUUUCUAUGAAACAAAAAUAUUUUGUUCACUAUUAUAUAGUGGGUUAAUGAAAAUUCUUCUGAGCAGAUGGGAAUGUUUCAUACCCAGGUAUUCUGUCUCAGUCUGAAUGAAGACUGCAGUCCUGUACAUAUUUACCUGGGAAUAAGCCACACUCAGAGGUGACCUAUUUCUGAAUAGACUUGUAUAGGAUUGCAUGUUACUGACUUCCAACAGUAGUACAAAAAGUAUCAAGCAUGAACAAACAUUAUCGUUUAAAGAAAAUUUUGCAACACUUCAGUGAUUUUUAUGAUAUGAAUAUGUUGGAAUACUAACAUAAUUUUAUAUUAUUGCUUUUUUGGUUUUGUUUAAUGUAAUGCUUUGCAUUGGUUACCUUGUGAUUUUUGAAUGUUAAUUUGUUGAAGUUUGAUAAAGCACCUAAUAAGCUUAAGUGUUUCAGUUUCGGAAUUCUAUGUAGUGUGCAAUUAUAUUUUAUACGCUUUUAAUGGUAUUUAUAUAUUUGUGUUGAAGGAGGUUUUUUUUUUGUGGGAUAUGGUUAGUAAAUUGGCAUAGGAAGGGAAUAUUUUCCAUCUAGGCAGUUUCCAUCAGCCACAGCAAUUGUUUGUAAGAAAAAAAAAACUCUUAAGAAUAAUUUUGGGCUUGUAUUUUAAUCCUGUUAAAAGUUCUCAGGUUAUGACUGGUAUAUUGGAUCAUAUUAAUAUUGUCCAUUUUAAUGGUCUUCCUACAUGUGCUUUGGAGUUCCCAAAUUAGCAGACGUGUUUAAAGAUACUAGCCUUUCUGUUGUUCAGAGGGGCCUACACCAGGAAUUUUCCUUCCUGCUACUCAUACAAGGGUAGAAAAUAUUAAUAUUAAUAAUAAAAACUUUGCCUUUUCCACUUUUUGUCUUGUCUGGUGUAAACUGGUAGGACUUAGGAUGAAGAGGUAGAACCAUUGUUUGCCCCUCAUCUUCCAAGUUAGGAUUGCAGUCUUUGGCUUGCUGUUAGUCCCAACUAGAGUAGGUCCAUUGAAUCAAUGGUAAAUUUGAUGAGUCAGUACUUCUGUACAUUCCACUGCUUGAAUGCGUCUACUGUGGGAGCUGAGAGUCAGGCCAAGAUUGCACAUACUGAGGUUACGCAUGGCCUCCAAUAUAUCAGUAGCUGAGUUUGCAGAUGGCAUAAAAUGACUCAGGAAGGUGAAAAUCUAAUCAGAGAACACCAAAAGAACGUCUUCAAAUUGACUGAAUGGGUAGCAAAAUGGCAAGUGAGAUUCAGUAUAUGUACAAAGUGGUCUGCACUUCAGAAAAUAAUUAAAUGGUUAUUUUUUCCAAGCUCUACUGCAGUGAUCUCCAAACUAUGCUUCUCCAGGUGUUUUGGACUUUGACUUCCAGAAGCCACAGCCAGCUUGGCCAACAACCAGGAAUUCUGGGAGUUGAAGUCCAAAACAUCUGGAGGACCAAAGUUUUGGAAGACUGCUUUACUGUGAGGGCUUUAAAGUGCAAUUCAGCAGUUUCAAGGAAGAUUGGCUAUUAGCAAUCAUUCCUAUGUGGAACAUCUAAUUUCAGGGACAGUGUGCAUUUGAAUAGCACAUGUAUGGCAAAAAAUGGCAGGAAAAUUGGUUUCUUCAUUCCUUAUUACAGACUAGAUGGAGGCAUUCAUCUGAUAAAAGGCUUCUGGCUUUGAUUUGAACUAGCAAGGUUCUCAUUUUAUGUUCUUUAUCCUGAAUUUGAUUCUCUGUUCCUGACAAAAAGAAAAGUGCUUCUCAGGACUCUGCAUACAUUUAGUUCUGUUGUAGUAUUUUACCUUAUAGGUAUAGAUGUUCAAGUAUUCAUGGUUUAAGAAUGGCAAUCACUGGGGGGAGGGGGGUUGGUUUUGCUAAAUUUUUAUUUGUAUUUUUAAGGACUGUAAAUAAAAUGUAUUCAAGAAUUUCAUAUAGCAAUUGCUCUUAAAAUGAAAUAGUUUGAUUUUAAGUUUAUUCCCAUUGUUUCCUGAGUGCCUGUCUUGCAUUAUAUAAUUUUUCCAUUGUUAAUCUGAUAAUAGGGUUUGACUAAGUAUGUCUUGUAGACAAAUUACUGGAGAAAUUGUACCUCCAUAUAUUAAAGCAGUUCAUAAUUCUUGUAAUAGCAGAUGCAUUUUUGCAAUAAACUUGUUUUAAUCAGUAA